UGCUGGCCUUUAAAAAUGAGCAACAGCAGAUGGAAAAGUGAGAAGAAAGGUAUCAGGACUACAGUGAAGGCAAGUGAAGCCAUGGCCUCCAGUCUUCCUCUUCUUUUGCUGGUCCUGUGCUGUCUGAGUGUGGCUCAGUCCCAGUUGAAGGUGUUUGACCUACGAGCCAACGAUCUUCCCUCUGAUUUGUUGGGAAUCACAGAUGGCUAUGUCAAGGUGAUCUGUGGUUUUGAGAAAGUGGGUCAAACAUCCAUCCGCGACAACAACGCAAACCCCUGGUGGGAGGAGGAGUUCACCUACUUUCAGGCCCUGGAGAACGACGUACUGAGGCUUGAGGUUCAUGACAGUGACGUUCUCUUUGAUGACCUGGUGGGCGUCUGCCAGAGACAGAUCAAGCUGGGAACACACGAGCACGAGUGCUUUCUGGAGAAAGGCGGCACCCUCCAUUAUUCCUACACCCUCGGCUGAAGCAGUCAUUAGCCAUAUGUAGAUGUAGCUGACGUUCAGUCUUUAGAUCCACCUGCACAUCCCUCAGAAUAUUUUAGGUGUUAGGCUCUUUGACCCAAAUCUGAGUCACCAUUUCAGAUUAGACCAUAAAAUUAUUUACUUUAACUGGUUACCACAAACAAUAAACCUUAUUCUGGCAAUGCUGUCGCUCUAUACCAUUGGAUAGUUUAGCUGUAUGUGACAGUACAGGCAGUUUAUAUUUACUACAACUAGCAUGACUACAUCUUGGCAUAUGGCUUUAAGAGACUGGUGUGCAGGUUCUCAUUCCAUUAUUCAGACAAAUCACAUUCACAUUAUCCAAAAAGAUCCAACCAGUUUUACUGAAUAAACCCUGUGAGCAUUCAUUCCAGUGUUUUUAUUAUGCUUUUCUGUUGAGCUCUUACCCUGUUUGUCACAUAGAAGUAAACCUUACCCUGUAAUUUAUAGUGGAAUAUCAUCAAACAUACAAAAUGCUUGGAGGCUCCUGCUGGUACUUGAUUGUAGGCACAAUGGAAAAAAACAGGUGAUGGGGUAAGGCAGUAACAAUCAGGAAUUUUGGAGGAGAGUAAAAAUAAACUAUUGAGCAUUGA